UUGGCCGGACGCCUGGCACACCACGAGUUAUUUCCUUGCUAUUUCCCGGCGGGAGCUCUUGGUUUCCUCUUGGAGUCUGGGAGGAGCAGAGCAGAGAAGGCAGAGAGCGAGCCAGGCAGGACCAGGGGGACCGCGCGGGCUCCCAGCGCCUGGCUAGAGAGAAGUGCAGAGGCGGAAGCAGAGGUCAGCUUGAGGGUCCGAAGAAGCAAGCUCCUGGAGGGAAGCCAUAGAGAGAGGGAGCCGCGCCGGGAGCCAGGAAGGGGACUACGAGAGGACCCUGGCAUUCGGGCUCCCAGUGCCAGCGCCAUGAGGCCGCUCCUCGCCCUGCUGCUCCUGGACCUGGCGGCCGGCUCGCCCCCACUGGACGACAACAAGAUUCCCAGCCUGUGCCCAGGGCACCCUGGCCUUCCAGGCACGCCGGGCCACCACGGCAGUCAGGGCCUUCCUGGCCGCGAUGGUCGAGAUGGCCGAGACGGCUCGCCCGGGGCUCGGGGAGAGAAAGGCGAGGGCGGGAGGCCGGGAAUACCGGGGCCCCGUGGGGAGCCCGGUCCUCGAGGAGAGGCAGGCCCUAUGGGGCCGUCUGGGCCUGCGGGGGAGUGCUCGGUGCCUCCCCGCUCCGCCUUCAGUGCCAAGCGCUCCGAGAGUCGGGUGCCUCCGCCGUUAGACUCGCCCCUCCCCUUCGACAGGGUGCUGGUGAACGAGCAGGGUCAUUACGAUGCCGCCACCGGCAAGUUCACUUGCCAGGUACCAGGGGUCUACUACUUCGCGGUCCACGCCACAGUCUACCGGACUAGCCUGCAGUUCGAUCUGGUCAAGAAUGGCGAGUCUAUCGCCUCUUUCUUCCAGUUUUUUGGGGGAUGGCCCAAGCCAGCCUCUCUCUCUGGGGGCACCAUGGUGAGGCUGGAGCCCGAGGACCAGGUGUGGGUUCAGGUGGGUGUUGGUGAUUACAUUGGCAUCUAUGCCAGCAUCAAGACAGACAGCACCUUUUCUGGAUUUUUGGUGUAUUCUGACUGGCACAACUCCCCUGUCUUCGCUUGACUGCCAACUGGAAAGUGAGCCUACGCUUUCAGGGGGCAGGGGCCUGGGGGGGACGCCACCCUGUUAGCCACAUCGUGGGUAAAGGCUGGCCCCCUGGAAUGUUGUGAAUGAAUAGGAGGGGCAAUGGGGGCCUGUCCAGACCUGCUGCUGGCAGGGGAUGGGGACAGAGGCUGUCUGAGAUCAGGGCUUGCAGCACAGGAUACUGGCUGGAUUUCUGCCCAAGACCAAAGGAGUGCACUGUGCUAGCAGGUGUAGGUCCUCUGGCUCAGGACCCCAAGGUGGGGUGCUCUCUUCCUGGUGUCUACUUCGCUAUAUCCUCCCUUUUCUCUUUUCUCCUGGGCCAUUUUCUUAGAGACCAUUCAAUAAAUCUUAAUUUAAAAAAAAAAACA